CAAACAAUCUGCCGCCAGUAGCGAUUAAAUCGCAUUUUCAAAGGUUUUUAAGUGCAGUGGCACACGAAAAAGCUAUUUAAAGGAAAAAGGUAGUAACCCGUUCUGUAUUGGACGAGCUAGUUGCUCAAAAGCAGCAGAAACCAUGGCAGACUUUCUUGAAUAUUCCUCGAUCAGCUCCGAAGUUCGCGGCGCAAUGUGCCCAGGAAAGCUGAAAAUGACCGACACAGCGAUCGUAUUUAAAAAUGACAAAACCGGCAAAGUCGAACAAAUCAACUCAAGCGACAUCGACCUACUGAACUACCAGCGCUUCGUGGGAAGUUUCGGUUUGCGUGUGUUCUUGAAGAACGGUUCAUUGCAUCGCUUUCUCGGGUUUACCGGCGACGAGGGCAAGAUUGCGGAGUUCGUAAAGAAAAACUACAAACUGGACAUGCUGGAAAAAGAACUAUCAAUGCGCGGCUGGAACUGGGGAUCGGUACAAUUCAAGGGGGCGGUGCUCAGCUUUGAUGUGGAAAACAAGACCAGCUUCGAGAUCCCGCUGAAUCACGUAUCGCAGUGUAACGUCGGGAAGAAUGAAGUGACGGUCGAGUUCCAUCGGAACGAUGAUGCGCCGGUCAGCCUGAUGGAGAUGCGGUUCCACAUUCCAACGUCCGAAUCGGCGGACACCGACCCGGUGGAGGCGUUCCAAGAGAACGUAAUGAAACAGGCAUCCGUUAUAUCGGUGUCCGGCGAUGCGAUUGCAAUCUUCCGUGAGAUCCACUGCCUUACGCCGCGUGGUCGCUAUGACAUCAAGGUGUUUCAAAGCUUUUUCCAGCUGCACGGUAAAACGUACGAUUUUAAAAUCCCAACCUCCUCCGUACUGCGGCUGUUCCUGCUUCCCCACAAGGACAAUAGGCAGAUGUUUUUCGUAAUUUCGCUCGAUCCCCCAAUCAAGCAGGGUCAGACCAGGUACCACUUUUUGGUAACACUGUUCCAGAUGGACGAGGAGACCAAUAUAGAACUACCGUUUACCGAGGAGGAGCUAAAGGAGAAGUAUGAGGACAAGCUGACGAAAGAAUUAUCCGGGCCAGUGUACGAGGUUCUGGGGAAGAUAAUGAAAGUCAUCAUCAAUCGUAAGCUGACCGGUCCCGGCACGUUUAUCGGCCAUUCCGGUACCCCUGCGAUCGGCUGCUCGUUCAAAGCGGCCGCUGGCUAUCUCUACCCGCUGGAGCGUGGCUUCAUUUACGUUCACAAACCACCGGUACACAUACGCUUCGAGGAGAUAGCGUCGGUAAACUUCGCACGUAGCGGUGGAUCCACGAGGAGCUUCGAUUUUGAAAUCGAGCUGAAAACAGGCACGGUGCACACAUUCAGCAGCAUCGAGAAAGAAGAGUACUCGAAGAUGUUCGACUUUAUCACGUCGAAAAAGCUGCACGUCAAGAACACGGGCGGCAAGGCGAGCUACAAGGACGACUUUGCCGACUCGGACAACGAGGGCGAACCGGACGCGUACCUUGCGCGGGUGAAGGCGGAAGCGAAGGAGCGUGACGAGGACGACGAUGGUAGCGAUUCGGAGGAGUCGACCGAUGAGGACUUCAACCCGAACCAGCAGGAAUCGGACGUGGCCGAGGAGUUCGACAGUAACGUGGAAUCGUCGUCGGACGAUUCGGAUGAGGAUGGCAGUGGCGGUGGCGGGGACAGUGAUGCCAGCGGCUCCGACGAUGGGCGAUCGAAGAAGGUCGAUAAAAAGAAGGAGAAGAAGGAAAAAUCUCCCGUAAAGAAGAAGCCCAAGGAGAAGAAGGAGACCAAACCGCGUAAAACUAAAACGAAAGACUCGGGUGCACCGAAGCGACCGUCCACGGCGUUUAUGCUGUGGAUGAACGCAACCCGGGACCAGAUUCGAAAGGACAACCCUGGACUCUCGAUCACUGAUAUCAGCAAGAAGGGAGGCGAACUCUGGAAGGAGCUGAAGGAUAAGAAGGAGUGGGAGGCAAAGGCGGCGAAGGCGAAGGAGGACUACGCGGAAGCUAUGGCCGCCUACAAAGCGUCCGGCGGGGGCGGCAAAGGAGCGGAUGAUUCGGAUGGUGACGAUAAGGGCAAGAAGCGGAAAAAGAAGCCAAGCCCAAAGAAGGUGUCCGCCGGGGCGCCGAAGAGUGACGAUUUCAAGAGCAAAGAGUUUAUCUCCGGCGACGAUUCGUCCAGUAGCGAGGAGGAUAAGAAUAAGAGCACAAAGAAGGCGAAGCAACCAUCUUCGGACAAAAAGAAAUCAAAAAAAUCAGAAUCGGAAUCUGAAAUGUCUGAAUCGGAAGAGGAUGAUGAAGAGUUGAGCGAAGGAAGUGAUUAAAAACGAGACACGUGUUACGAACAUCCCUAGGAUCUAUCGCCGGGAGCGAAUGGAAAAUAUUACAUGAAGCAUCAGUUCGGCCCUCACAACGCUGGUGGGUGGCGUGUUUGAAUUCCAUCAUUUGUAUUACCUGCAGUACCUUUCAUGAUCUGUUGCCCAUCCGAGAUGAUACAUACAUGUGACUGUGAAAUUAAGUCGCAAAUGAUUAAUCGUUUAAAUGGAGAAUAAAUUACCUUCUACUCACAGUA